AUGGAGGAUCAGAAAAAUGAGUCACCUUUAUACUACCCUCUUGACGAUUUCACGUCCAAAAGCACCUACGCUGCUGCCACUACUUUCUUUGCAUUUCUUGGCGAAUGGAUGAUCUUGUUCAUCACCUUUUCAAUAGCCUUGUUCUUCAUUCCCCUCACCCCUUCCUUCACUCUCCACUCAGCCUCCACUUCCGUUCUCAAAGCCACACCCCAAAGCGACUUCACAGCCAACUUGGGUGUGAGUUUCUUCGUGGACAACACCAACUCUUUAGGUGGCACCAUCAACUACGCUUCUUUCAAUGCCUCACUCUUCCACCGCCGACAGAGACUCUCGAGUUUCUCUCUCCAACAAGACACACUACCAACAACACUACAAGCCAAGUUUCACAAUGUGUCUUUGGCAAUUGAUGAAUGGGGUGGUUCUGUUGGAGCAUCAUCGUGUGGUUUUGCGUACUUGGACUUGUGGUUCAGCGUUGAUGUUGAGAGGGACAAGCUGCAAGGUCAUUGUGGUCAGGUGAAGUUUGAACUUUGUAGUUCCUAUGGUGCCACCAAUGUUGCACCAUCGUUUCUUGCAUCGUGUGAUGUUUACAGUGCCUUGGUGCACAAGAUUAGGCUUGGUGUGUUGCUGUUUUUGAUCCUUCUUCUUGUGAGUGCAGCGCCAGUUCCACUCCUCGUUGAGCAAUUCCUUUGCUUUGAAUCUUGA